CGAUCCACCAGCCUUUGAAGGACUAGUUUAGUUUUCUAAUUUUUCAGUUUUAAUACAACAAAAUUCCCCUUUGAGAUGAAUAUUUUAAGUGCUUUGAAGAUAAAAAAGCUCAACUUGCAAAAUACCUGCACCUCCUAUUACGACUUUUUGGCGUGUGAACACAACUGUCUGGAUUCAUUGAGGUGCUCAACUGUGGCUCGCGAUCCGCCUUCCCAGCAGGAUCUUAAGCGAGCUCCCAAAGUGGGCAGAAGUGGAGUGCAGUACUUCGAUGUGGAUGACAAGGCGGCGCAGUGGUAUCUCGACACCCGACGAUCCGCAGCCGAAAGAAAGCCAUGCAAGAGGAGGUUCUGCUUCAGGUUUCAUGUGCCCAUUCGCCAUGCCGUUCGUCGAAAGGAUAAGGCGGCGACUUACGCCCUUCCAGGGCGUCGGGUCUCCCCCGAGUUCCUCAGCCUCCUUAGGCAGCACCACGCCAGGAUGCGGGGUCUGGAGAAGCUGCCGCGAAAGUGCCGGUCACGCAAGCCCAGCUUCUCCUACUACAAGUACGAUGCGGCGGGUAAGAGCCGGCACAUGCGACCUGGCAUCUCCACAGCUGCACCUGUAGAAUUUCCUUGCACCAAUGUGGACUGCAUUCGUCACCGGAUUUGCUCAUGUCCGCCGAAAAAGGGAAUUCCCCCACAGGAGGAUUCCAAUCCUCCUGUAUCCAACACAAAGCCCAGAAGGAAGCGGUACUCACCUUUUGCUAAAGAGAAAGCAGCUGUUUUAGUGAAAAAAGAUGAAAAUGGAGCUAAGGAUAACCUAAAGGCAAAGGACGACCAGCCUAGGUCUAGGUUGCACAGAAUUUAUGCGAGCAAUCCAUCCUUAAAACCCCCGGAAGCUAAUCAAGAGCCCCCUAGACCAAUUGCAUCGAAAUCACAACCUAGUUUGAAUCCCAUAGAAAGUUGUCCUUGCUCUAUGGAACAGCCUUAUCCACGGCCGAAAUCCAGUGUUCCACCCAUAUGUGCCGGUAAAAAUGUUAUGCCCAAAAGGAUUCGAGAUCCUCGCUGCAUUGAGUACGAGAAUAGGCCUUUCUUUAAAGCCAUUAAGGGAACUACCCACGGAUCCCGAAAUGGAAGUAAGAAACCAAGAAAGCGUAGUGAAAAGAACUGCUGUGAAGAUCAUAGUAAGACUCAAGCAGAUGCCCAGGAAGAUUCGCCCUCAGAGAACACAUUCUAUGCAUCCGUCUCCAAUCAUCAGGAACUUGGUCUGCAACAUCGUCAGCGACCCGACCUCCAUGAUCAGAACGAUAUUGAAAUCCCGCCAAAUCGUCAAGUGAAUAGCCUCGGCUAUAGAGGUUUCAUUCAUCGCUCCGAAAAGCAGAAACUUAUUGAUCGGGGCUGUGCUCCAAUCCCGAAGUGCAAGAGGAGUAAGCCACCACCAUAUUGCUACCUCUGGUCCGCCGUCGAUCCGGAUAUUCGAAAGGCGGAGAAGCGUCGUCUCGCGGAAAAUAAUUGGUGCCAGCGACAAAUGUUUCCAGACAGUAAACCUUACUCCUACUACUGGUCCACAACCAAUCCGGAUGUAAGAAGCCAAGUGAAGCGCCAAUUGAAGGAGGCUGACAGAAGGCGCAAUUGUGGGGUGCCUCGAAGAAGAAUCCAACCACCCAUAUGCAGUCGGGAUUAUCCAGAUGAAGAUGAGGAUAUAUGUACCUGCAGUAGAUCCACAGUCCAUCAGUUCUUUGAGAACACCAGCUUAGAUUCUUUUGAUCACCAGAAUCAUUUAUCUUGUUCUCGUGUCAAGAAACAUAAGUCAUUUGGCAUACACAGUAGAAGUCGGAAAGGAGCACCAAAUGACAGUUCAUUUGACUGGGAAGACGAUCAUUCCACAAGCAAAAUACGUCCAAGAUGUCCAGGACUCAUCUCAAGAAGGUUAUCUACAGAUUCAGAUGGACAUCUCUUGAAGAAACCACGCCUGCUGCCUAGACUACAUGCAUUUGCCAAGCGAUUUCUCUGGUCAGGAUCCAAAGCAAUUGAGUUCAAGUCCAACCAAUCGGGAAACGGAAGACCUAGGCAUACCACCCGGUCUAUAAGUAUCAGGAAAGGUAAAUCCAAUGAAAGAGAACCUUCUGAUCUGGAGCAUCAAAAUGAUAACCAAAGUGUAAUGUGCAACCAAACCAACUCUUCAGACAGAAAAAUCCUCUUCAGGGAUCAGACCAGUAAGCAGGAUAUACGGGGACCAAAAGAUCCCAAGAUAUGGUCCAAAAAAGGAAAGAAAAGUGUAAGAGCCAAUUCAAGACGAAAUUCCAAUUCACCACGUCUCUCAGACUCAGAAAUCGUAACGUACAGAAGGAGUACCAACUCCUCCUUUGGGCUACCAUCCUGUUCCAGACGAUCUCCAAGAGCCAAGAAUUACCAGAUGUCCCAAGAAAAGAUGUCGUUAUGUAAUGGAAGAUGUUCGUCAGACAGUUGCAGUCAUUGGAGCAGCCACUCAAGUGAUUGUCUAACCACUGAACCACGGCAGCCAUCUUCCUGUCAAGUUCCUCAUCCUUUGGUGUCCCGAGCCCAGCGGGAGUGGGAGGAACAUCGGGAGCGUAAGAGGGCUAAGCGACAUGUAGAGAAAUGCAGACCAUGCACGGAUUACUUACUCACCUCACGGCCAACCGAGCCACAAGCUCGGGUCAUUCGUCGAGGAGUAGUUACAUAUCGAAACAAUGAGUUUACCACGGAACUAAGUGAUCCCUGCGUGAUUGAACCAGAGGAAAAACGUUUUCGAUUUACAGAACAUUGUCGCAUGCACAGGGAUAACAACUAUUCGCGGUCACGAAAAAAACGACACUCCGCUCGAUGUUGUGAUGAUUCCGAUGCCUCCAGACACAAAAUUCCACACUCUUCGAGAAGGAUGCGGGGAGGCAUAGAUUUGUAUAAUAUAGAGUAUUCUUCACGGAGGCAAAGCUACACAGCGCACACCUUUCCAAAAAGCUUGCCUUUCAAACUCGAAAGCAACCAGAGGGGUCAUUCCCCAAAGCCAUGGAAGUCAUCCAAGCACUUGUUUUGUUUCGACUAAAAGUAGGACAAACGGUCAAGCAAGCCGACUGUCAAGUGGCCAUACCAUGUUUAUAGCAAUGGAUUACCACAUGACAGCGGACUAGCAUGUCACAAAUACUAAUGGUAAAAUAUAAGACAUUGUUCAUUUUCAAAUUA